AAAGCAAAUUUGCGAGUGGCAAAUCUGAACACGCUAUGAAGUCAGCCUUUUUAGGCAGGAUACCCGCAGGUUGACCGUUCGUACCUGACAUCUACGGCCAUCAAAACGGUGAACCUGCUUUUUGUCUCGCUUGUUCAGUUGUGUUAUCACAGCUGCCUCAUACAUUAUACUUUGUGCAGCAUCUGCCUCUGGACAUCUUGCACAUCGUUUUGUGUAAUUUGGGUUGGCCUCCAUAAAAAGCUAUUACACAGUUUUGUUUCUUUUUCUGGAUGUUAUGGGUAAAAUAAAUACCCAACUGCAAGAAAAUAGUAGAAUUGCAUUUUUUUAAAAAUAACCAUCUGCUGCCCCCUGCUGGAAAGUCUGUUUGGCAAAACAUAAUGGAGCUUACAUGAUUUUGGGGGGAGAGAAUCGGCACCCGCGGAAUCUUCUUCUUCUUCUUCCAAUCCCUCUUGCUCUUGCUUUCCACAAGCCAAGGGAUGUUUUGAUUCCUGGCAGAGGUGAGCAUAUAUGCCUCUUUUAUGGGAGGGAGCAAGUGGCAACAGGCCCUCUCUCUUUCUCUCCCAUCUUCACUGCGGCAGGCUACAAAAUAAGACCAGAAGACAGGGGAAUCUACACUGGGUAUCUGGGUAGAAGGAUGCUUUUCUGCCAGCCUCACCCCUGGAGGGGGGAAGCUGGUCUGAGACAAGAGGGUGAGAAAUCUUCUCUUCCCCCCCCCCCCUCAAUCCCUGCAAAAGGAAAGUAGCCAAUCUCCGAAAAGAAGGGGAUGCAGCACGCCCGAGCAGGAGAGUGCAAAGACUGCAGAGGAGGACGGAUGCUGAGCGGCCCUCUGGCCAACUCUGCCAGCUCCCAGCAGAGGAGAACCAGGCAAUUGUGGCUUCUGGAGCGAGGGAAUGCUGACAUUUCCCAGUGGAGAAUUAUAGCCAGGAUCUGCAAAGAGAGAAGAACAGCCGGGAGGGCGGGAGGGAGGGCGUAGCUGGGCUUUGGAGCAAGGGGAACCUUGCAAAAAAACCCAAAAACCCUGCUCUUUCUCCAGACAGUUUCUGUCAAUAAAGAAGUGUUGCUCUUCCCUUUGGAGUGCAGCGGUUCCCCCGGACGAGAAGGGGGCCAUGCUGGCAGCCCGAGAAGCAGCUGCCCUCUACCAGACCGAUUUUGUGCGGAAUGCCCGGGCGGUGGGUGCUCUGUGGGCCGGCUGCACCCUCUGCUUUGGCAUCUUGGAGGUGGUGGUGCUGAUCCAGCCGGCGUGGGUGCAGACCGGACCUCUCACUUACCAGCUGCCCCCUUCCGGGAUCCUCUCUGACCCCAGCGUCAGCGCCGUGGGCUCCUUUGGCCUCUACCAAGUCUGCGUGGAGCGGGACAGUGCCCUGCAGUGUGAGGGUUCCCUGGUCACCCUGACGCCCAUCCCGUCCUUCAAGGCAGCGUCCGUCUUCGUCCUGAUGGCCUUGGUGCUGGUGAUGGGCAGCGUGGCUUCCUUGGGCCUCUUUUGGGCCUGCAGCCCAGGAACGGUCUACAAGGUGUGUGCCUGGCAGCAACUUUCUGCAGCUACAUGUCAGGCCCUGGGCUGCCUGGUUUUUCCUGAUGGCUGGGGAGCGCCCGAGGUGAGGGGUCUUUGUGGUCCACGGGCUAGGAGCUAUGCCCUGGGCACCUGCACAAUCCACUGGGCCUUCACCCUCGCCCUGCUAGGCAUCGCAGAUGCUCUGGUGCUGGCUACUCUCGCUUUCGUGCUGGGGAACCGGCAGGAUGCUUUGCUGCCCGCAGGCUACGCACCACCCCCAGAAGGGAGAGGUGUCACCUCAUCCUUGACGCCAGAUUGAUUCCUUGCCCCCGCUGCUCUGCUCUUCCACUCUGGAUCCUUCACAAGCGGUCACUCUCUCUGAAGAAACAGUAGCACGGUCUUCCUGGUCCUGACGAUUGCAAUAAAGACACUUUUUUGUUUUAGAA